AUGCAUGUGCAACGUGACAGGGAUCAUCCAGCGUCACUUUCCUCGAUUCCUACUUCUUCCUCACUCACUUGCGUACCUUCCGCUCUGCGCGUGCAAAUAACACGUGCCUGCCUGCUACUUAACUCGCAUGGCGACAAGAACUUCGCUUCUCGUUCAACUUUGAACUCUUCCCUCUACCGACACGACCCGCACCAAGCGAACGGCAUAUUCAUCGGUCGCCCGCGAAACUCCCACGACACCACCGGCAUCGAAACGCCGCCGCCGCUUUUCUGCACCUUGCCGACUGCCCUCGCACCCGGCUACGUACACACAAACACAUCCUCGCCCAGCAUGGCCAGCCACGAGCCCGCCGUGCUCGCCUACCCGCACAAGACCGACAUCUACACCUACCGCGUGCCCACCCCGCCACGCAUCGUAGUUCCUCCACCCACUCUCAACGCCGAUGCCGUCCCUGAAAUCACACUACGAGCCAUCAAAUCGUCUACCUACGAUUUCCUCCAAAGCGUCAACUAUGACAACCUCGUGCAGUCUAAUGCCCCGCUCGAAUGGACAUACGAACUGCGCCGCGAAGCUCAAACCAUCCUGCCCUUCCUGUGCUUAGGUCCUAUGACGGCUGCCAAAGAUGAAAAGUGGUUGCGCGAGCAGGGUGUCACCAUGCUGUUGGGCGUGCGGCAGAAACAGGGAUUCGAGUCGAGGCUCAUGCAAACACCCUUCCGCAUGGCCGAAAAGCUGGGCAUUGAGGCUCAGAGCGUAGAUUUGACGGGACACCAGGAUCUGAUCCGGAGCUUCGCGAGGACAAGUCAAAUGAUCAACGAGCACCUUUCUCGCAUGUAUCAAGCGAGCAAUGGGCAGCAGUUGGGCAAGGUGUUGGUGUUCUGUGAGAGUGGGAAUGAGCGCAGCGCUGGCGUGGUGGCUGCGUAUUUGAUGGAAAUGCACGAGGAUGUGGACUACAUCAAGGCGAUGCAGCUAUGCCAGGCUCAGCGGUUUUGUGUCAACUUUGACGAUGCUAUGAAGAGGCUGUUGCAAGGAUACUGGGACAUACUGUGCGCGCAGAGGACUGUGCAGGCGCAGCAGCAGGUGCACGAGAAUGGCACUGGCCACGGAACGAAUGGAAUCAACGGAUUCACGAAUGGAGCAUCUGCUCCUCGCACGAAGAGAGUUCUGGAACGGUCUCAAGAUGACGAUGUAAACAUGGAUGAUGAUGACGACCUGGAGCGCUUCGGCGGCCGGACUUUUGCGCCAUUUAUCGAUCAAUCGCAAUAGCACGGUGACGAUGCGGACAGCAUUAUGGAGAGCAACGCAGAACCUAGAAUUGAGUCCGAAGUCGAGAAUGCGGAGCAAGACCUAAACCACCAAGUAUCGCCAACGGAGGCUUCUAUUUCUGCGAACUCGGAGAUUAGCGAUGACAUUUCUUGCUCGUCCUGGGCAGGAGAGCUGACACCAUCCGAAGUCGAUUCUUCGGACGAGAUCUUCUCCGACUACGAUGACGAAGCAGCAGACCUGAUCUUCAACAACGCCUUCUGACGAAAACGCCCAAAUCGCGUACCACUGAACGAUCUUUUAGCAAACAGAGCACAGCGAGGAGUUUCAAUUUGACAGGGAAAAGCGAACAGCAUGGAAUGGAGUUUUACUACAUAAGGAAGGCGAAGGACGGAAGUUCAAUGUCUCUUACGAUACCCCAUUUGCUUCGAGACACAAAGCGGGAAUUGUUUUUUUCUUGGGAAUGGUGGGCGUUCUUUGGACGCAGCAGGUAGUCGUGAUGAAAUCUCAGAGAGAUUCAGCCCUACGGAAGCUGAAGGAGAAACGAUAGAGACGAUAGCUGGCUAUUAAUGAAACGCA